AUGGCCAUAGGGAAGGCCCGCAGCAACAAGAGAUCAUCCAGCAGUUCACGCUCCUCCACUUUGACAACCACAAUCUUGGUAGCUUUGUGUAUGUUCGGAUUAUGGCUGCUGGCACCCAAUACUCUUAUUGUUUAUCCACGUACAACUACUCGAUCUUCCGCUACAACUUCCUCUCAAUUAUCCUCCAUGUCCGACUCUCAUCAGAUUCAUCCCACAGAACCUAUCCCCAAGAAAAGCCAACCCGUUUUCCAAGACAGUCAGGGGGACCUCCCAGAAGAUGCCAUUCAAACUGAUCACGGGGCAACGCAUAAUGACCACACAGAUGAAUCGUCAGAACUCCCAAACCAGAGUUCGACCGAGAGCAAAGCUCAAGCAGAAACUGACAAUAAUGUCAGUGAACAAGAAAAUAAUGGCGAUUCGGACAGCAGUAGUGACGACAACAAUGAAGCAGAAGGAGAUGAUGGUGGUGGUGGUGAUAAGGACAACAGGGAUGUGAAGGAAACGGAUCCAGAUGUUGGAGAGAAUCCACACGGCGCAGAAUCUGUUGAUGAGCAGCAACUACAAAAUCAAAACUCCGAGGAAACUUCUAUUACUCAAAACCAAGAAGCUGAGGAAACAAGGGAAGAGCAUGCAAGUGCUUCAGCCGAAAACAACCAAGAAGAGGGUACCAGUGACGACAAGCUUGAUGACCAUCAAAGUUCAGACAACAAUGAGCAUGAGAUAUCAGAUGAAGAUCAACAAAAACGAUUGGAACAGCAUCAACAGCAGGAAGAUGAUCAAGUCCAACAAGGAAAAUCACAAGAAGAUACUCAAGGAACAUCAAGCCAUGAUCAAGUGGAACAUGAUGAGGCACCCUUACUGGGGGGCCGGAAAAAUCCUGAAACUCAUGAAAGUCAGCAUAAUAUUCUCCACAAUAACAAUUCCAUAAAGAACAUCUCAAAGAGAUCUCAGAUACCCAAGGAGUCAAAAAAGAACUCCUGGUCAACUCAAGCUAACGAAUCUGAAAACCAGAAAGAUAGACGACAAAAUGGACAAGAUGAUCAAGAUGGCAGUAUUAUUAACUACAAAUGGCAACUAUGUAAUGUUACAGCUGGUCAGGACUACAUACCAUGUCUGGAUAAUGAGAAAGCAAUCGCAAAGUUACGGAGCAGGACACAUUACGAGCAUCGUGAAAGGCAUUGCCCAGAGGAUGCCCCUACUUGUCUUGUUCCACUGCCAAAGGGAUAUAAAAAACCAUUGCAAUGGCCUCAGAGCAGAGAUAAGAUAUGGUAUCAUAACGUACCUCACACAAAGUUGGCAGAAGUCAAGGGGCAUCAGAACUGGGUGAAGGUAUCUGGAGAAUUCCUUACUUUCCCAGGAGGUGGUACUCAAUUCAUUCAUGGAGCACUGCAUUAUAUGGAUUUCCUAGAAGAGGCUGUUCCAGAUAUAGCAUGGGGUAAGCAUAGUCGAGUGCUGUUGGAUGUUGGAUGUGGUGUUGCUAGUUUUGGCGGCUACCUCUUUGAAAGAAACGUACUCGCAAUAUCUUUUGCACCUAAAGAUGAGCAUGAGGCUCAGGUUCAGUUUGCCCUUGAAAGGGGAAUACCUGCAAUAAAUGCAGUGAUGGGUACCCAGAGGCUGCCAUUUCCAAGCGGAGUCUUUGAUGUUGUGCACUGUGCUCGCUGCAGAGUUCCAUGGCAUGCUGGAGGUGGUGCUCUUCUUCUGGAAUUGAAUCGACUCCUCCGACCAGGAGGUUACUUUGUCUGGUCAGCUACUCCAGUGUAUCAAACACUUGAAGAGGAUGUUAUGAUAUGGAACGGUAUGAGGCUGAUCAAUGAUUCUCUUGAUCCUGUCUAUUGGCCAACUGUCUAAUUAUUUGCAUUUAUCCUUCCAGAAAUGUCCAAUCUAACAGUUUCAAUGUGUUGGGAGCUAGUCACUAUCAAGAAGGAUAAAUUAAACUCUAUAGGUGCUGCAGUCUAUCAUAAACCAGACUCAAAUGAAUGCUACGAUAAAAGGAAGCACAACCAUCCUCCAAUGUGCAAAAGCGAUGAUGAUCCUAAUGCAGCCUGGUACAUACCUUUGCAAGCAUGCUUGCACAAAGUUCCCAUUGAAGCAAAUCAAAGAGGGUCAGAUUGGCCAGAGGAGUGGCCUCGUCGACUUCAGACACCUCCAUACUGGUUGAACAGAUCUCAGAUGGGAAUUUAUGGAAAGCCAGCUCCAGAAGACUUCACAGCAGACUAUGAACAUUGGAAACAGGUGGUGAGCAAGUUAUAUCUUAGUGGACUGGGCAUCAGCUGGUCAGACGUGAGAAAUAUCAUGGACAUGAGAGCAGUAUAUGGGGGGUUUGCUGCAGCACUGAAGGACCUAAAAGUGUGGGUAAUGAAUGUGGUGAACAUAGAUGCUCCAGAUACACUUCCCAUUAUCUACGAACGAGGGCUCUUUGGUAUUUAUCAUGACUGGUGUGAAUCCUUCAGCGCGUAUCCCAGGACAUAUGACCUCCUACAUGCUGAUCGUCUUUUCUCAAGGCUAAAAAAGAGGUGCAAACUCAUUCCGGUGAUGGCAGAGGUUGACAGAAUAGUUCGGCCUGGAGGUAAAUUCAUUAUGCGCGAUGACUCCAGCACAAUCAGGGAAGUUGAGAAUGUGUUGAAAUCUCUGCAUUGGGAAGUCCACUUGACUUUCUCUAAGAACCAAGAAGGUAUACUUAGUGCCCAGAAAACUGAAUGGCGGCCAGACUCUUAUGCUGCUUCUUCAUGAUUUGCAGAUGACAGCUCUAGUUUCUAAUCCUAAAGGGUUCCAAGGUACUCAGCAAAAGUAGUAGUCAAAGUUUAUUUCCAGCGUCAUUCUUUCAGAUUAUACAUCCAUGGAAUUAAAAGAAUGAAAGAAAGAAAGAAAAAGAGUCUUAAGCUUACCAAGAGAGCAGAACUUUUACAGUUAAUAUUCAUGAUUGAUUCUAGAAAUAGUCAAGAACACAUAAUGGAAACAAAAUCAGUGUCUAACUGAUUACGGCGUGUUGACCUUGAAGGGAGCAAUUCAACAAGAAAGCAGCUGCUAUAUGAAAUCUGACAACUAAGUAUAGCAGAUUCAAUAGAUUAGCUAAAAACUCCAAAUAAUUGGCAGCAGUCAUCGGGUGAAUCUAAGCCUAAUUCUGCUUGAUGAUGUAAAAACAGGUUAGUCUACCGGUCACUCAAAAACCAGUUGGCUAUCUAUUUAGAUUUCUCAUGGUGAUGUCAGAUAGAAACUUAAUGAUUAAUGAAAAAACUACGUGAAGCUCCAACAGCAGUUGAAGUCUGACCCAAAAACAAACACCUCCUGCACACAUAGACAUGCAGACACAGAUAGUGAGUGCAGUGA